AUGGAAAACGACGAAAUGGAAUUCGAGUUGCCGAACACGUCUUAUGACGCGGAGUCAUAUGGAACCCUAUUCACUGACCCAAUCGUCGCCGGCAUAGAUAAGAAAUUUGACCAUGCAACUUCUCGGUUGGAUACUGGAGUUGCACCUCAAGUUCGAGGACAUAACGUCCGUACCGAGUGGCGCAGGCAACAAAAGGAAUACGCGAAAUUUCUUCAAGAAGCUCUGGAAGAACGAUUUGAGCAGGAAAACAUUCAAAAGGAAAUGAGUGUCAAACGUACUGCUCCUUUGUCUACAUAA